UUAUCAUUUAUGAUAAAACAAACAAAAUGCCAAAUAAUCAAACCUAUAAGUUAAACAACAAAACAAAAGCAAGAAUCCGCUUUUAAUCGACCCAUUGCACAUUUCAGUCUCCAUUUCCAAAGAGAUAAAAAAAACCCACCAAUAUUUAGUUCAGAGAAGAAAAGGGUUGUUCUCUUCUUGGGGAGAGGAUUUCAGAAAAUGGCAGAGGAAGAAGUGAGCAAUAAGCACGUUAUACUGAAGAAUUAUGUGAGUGGCUUCCCAAAAGAGAGUGAUAUGGAGGUGAAAACGACUGCUUUGAAGUUGAAGCUUCCAGAUGGCGGCGAUUAUUCAGGGGCAAUCUUGGUGAAGAAUCUGUAUUUGUCUUGUGAUCCUUAUAUGAGAUCCCGCAUGCGCAAGCUUGAAGGUCAUUAUGCUGAGGCCUACACUCCUGGCUCUCCCAUAGUGGGUCUUGGAGUGGCUAGAGUUUUGGAGUCAAACAAUCCAAAAUUCAACAAGGGUGAUCUGCUGUGGGGAUUGACUCGCUGGGAAGAAUACAGUGUAAUUGCUGAUCCAGAGACUCGCUUUAAAAUUCACAACACUGAUGUGCCUCUGUCCUACUAUACAGGAAUCCUCGGUAUGCCUGGCAUGACUGCUUAUGCUGGUUUUUUUGAGAUUUGUUCUCCGAAGAAGGGAGAGCGUGUAUUCAUUUCAGCGGCUUCUGGAGCUGUUGGUCAGCUUGUUGGACAAUUUGCAAAGGCUUUUGGUUGUUAUGUUGUUGGAAGUGCUGGAACCAAAGAAAAGGUUGACUUGUUGAAGAACAAGUUUGGUUUUGAUGAAGCUUUCAACUACAAAGAAGAGCAAGAUCUAAAUGCGGCUUUAAAAAGGUACUUUCCAGAUGGCAUUGACAUUUACUUUGAGAAUGUCGGAGGAAAGAUGCUUGAUGCCGUGCUUCUCAACAUGAGAGUCCACGGUCGCAUUGCUGUUUGCGGAUUGAUCUCACAAUAUAACCUUGAGCAGCAUGAAGGCAUUCACAAUCUCUUCUGCCUGAUCACUAAGCGAAUUAAAAUGGAAGGAUUUUUGGUGUUCGAUUACUAUCAUCUCUAUCCGAAAUUUCUGGAUAUGGUUCUACCCCAGAUAAAAGAAGGGAAGAUAGCAUAUGUGGAAGACAUAGCUGAAGGCCUUGAGAAUGCCCCAAGUGCCCUGAUAGGACUCUUCUCAGGUCGCAACGUUGGGAAGCAGGUUGUGGUGGUUGCUCGUGAAUAAUGUGAAACCUAUUCAAGUCUCUGUCAAGUUUACUUUCUUUGGUCUUCUCUAAUAAUAGACAAGAAUCUUUGAUGAUUUUGUUGUUCAAAAUAACAUCAUUUCAGUUGUCUAAUUACAUCUACCUUUGAUUUGCUAAA